AGCCGUCUGGUCCAACCACGAAGACUUGCUAUCCAAUGGAGGGGCUGACAUCUCGGGCGUGGCCGACCACCGCGCCCGAGCGGCCGCCGCGCUGGCCGCCCGCUCGCCGCCUGCGCGCCGCCCGCGGCCCGCCGCGCUGCUGGCCGCAGCGCUGCUGCCGCUGCUGGGCGCGGCCGGGCCGCCACGGCCCGACGGGCCAUGCGCGGCGGCCCACGGCGGGCCGGGAGAGUGCUCGUCGGGUGCAUGGGUUUUGCCAGAGCCGCUGGAGGAUGAUGAGCUCGACGAAGAGAUGGAUGCAUUGCGCACGGAGUUACUCCAGGCAGCCGCGUCUCGCAGCAGAAAGAAGAACACCCUGGGCGGCAACGAGCGGUUUGCUGACGAUGGGCCCCUCGACCCUUUCGAUGACCAUGGUCACCAUCACCAUCACGACAUGCCGCCGCAUCCCGCGCCGCGGCCGACAUCGCCGCAGGAGGUGCAAGGCAAGAUCAUAUGCGUGCAGAACGGGGGCUUGUUCGAUCUUUACUGGACGAUGACAGAUACCAUCUCGGGCCAAAUGUCAAACAGUUCGAGGAAGUACCACAAGGGCGGCAACAAUUGUUUAACCAUCUCCGAGGAACUCCCUGGUUGUGCAAACGGCGACCCGAUCGCAAUCACCGUGAAAGCGGUAGGUGGUGCUGAGAAGAUUUUCCAGCACGUGAGUUACGACAGCCAGGCGACAGAGGUGGUUGUUAUUACAUGCAAGGGGAGCGCCCAGGAUUACGAUUGUAAACCGACAGAAGGCACUCCUGAUUCGAACAUUGAUGGCAAAUUCGGAGGUGGUCGAACCCCAACGCUAGGGGACGACCGUGAAUCACGAUAGCACACUGAAUGAUUGGUCUGCGCGAUCUAUGACCUUGCAGGGAUUGCAGCCGCUCUCGCAUCAUCCGACCAGCUUGACGCAGCUGCGGCAUCGAGCACAGCGCUCUCAGGCGGCUGAGGUUCACACCAGCUAUCGCGGUACAGUCCACGCCCCGCAAGGCACAAGGCCAGCGUAGUUGCAUUCACGAGGGGGUCAAAAAGGGGGGCAGAAGCGGAGAAGAGCGAAGAGGUAUGGAGGGAAGGCAGACCGCCAGGUGCUCCAGUUCACGCACCGUCGCCCCUGUCACGGAAGAUUCCGUUUGUUGCGGCCAGAGUUGGCGGGCCCAACGGCGGUGCCAGGACGGAGAGAGCAGCAGCAGGAGCAUUGGGCGUUUUGCCGCACGGGCAAUUGUUGGCUCUCUUGGUCGUGGCACCACGGCCCCGCGUGCCUUCUCCACUGGCGCAGGCGAUGCUGAAAAGCUUG